GGCUGGAUCUAACAGACAGUACCAGUCACCUCGCCCUGCGAAGACAUUUCUGACGCUGUAGAUGUGGCCACCUGGACGUAGAUAAGCUUGGUUGCAAGUCUGUUCUUGGGCACCUGGACAGUGUAUGGCUGUCACAUCUGGCCCAGGAAUAUCUCCAUGUCACGAGUGUCACUUUAAUCUGAAACUGUGAACUAUACCUUACAUUACAAUGUCUGGGGAACAGGAUUGGAACAAGAAGUCAGUCAGGAAUUUGUUGAGAAAAGAAGGAAAUACAAAAUGUGCCGACUGCGGAGAGCCAGAUCCUCAAUGGGCCUCCUAUACUCUGGGUGUCUUUUUGUGUGUGACCUGUAGUGGUAUUCAUCGAAACCUCUCCGAAAUCAGUAAGGUGAAGUCUUUGAGUAUGGCCAAAUGGGAAGAGGACCAGAUUCAGUUUCUUGACAGGCAUGGCAAUGAUACAGCUAAAGCUAAAUAUGAGGCUCAUGUUCCCAUCUAUUACCACAGACUCACACAUGAGGACUGCCAUGUAUUGCGAGAACAGUGGAUUCGGGCUAAAUAUGAACGCAAACAAUUUAUGAAAAAGGAAGGUUCAGAUGACUUUACCAAAGGAGUGAAGGAAGGAACCUUAUUCAAGCGAGGAAGAGAUAACGGACAUUAUCUAGCAAGGAAGUUUGUCCUGACAGAGAUGGAUGGCACCUUGAAAUAUUUCAUAAAGUCAGAUUCAAAGGAACCAAAGGCUGUCAUAAAAAUUGACACUAUUAAUGCCACCUUCCAGCCAGAGAAGAUGAAACACAACAACGGUUUACAGAUCACAUAUGUCAAAGACAACAGAGCGAGAAAUUUAUUUGUGUACCACAACGAUGGGCAGGAAAUCGUCAGCUGGUUUAAUGCCAUCCGAGCUGCUCAAUUUCGCUACAUGAAAGUCGCAUUUCCCACGGCAAAUGACAAAGAGAUUUUAAAUCGUUUGCCUCAGAAAUUCUUGAAGGAAGGAUAUAUGGAGAAGACUGGGCCAAAGCCUACUGAUGCAUUUAAGAAGAGAUGGUUCACCCUAGAUCACAGGAGAUUAAUGUACUUCAAAGACCCUCUGGAUGCUUUUGCUAAAGGUGAGGUGUUUUUGGGAAGUAGUGAAAAUGGCUAUCAAGUAAAGGCUGAGAUUAUCCCAAGUUCAUACAGCAAUAUAUGGAAUUAUGGCAUAUCUUUUAAUACUCCUGACCGUACUUACCUAUUUACCUGUGAAAGUGAACAAGAAAGGGAAAAUUGGCUCAGUGUGUUUAAGAAGGUUAUCAGUAGACCCAUGACAGUACGAGAAUAUGCAGUUGAAGCUCAGUUUAAACACCGUUUCUAACACAUCACUGCCUGAAAUCACAAGAAACUGCACAACAUUCCAGCCAUUCAGACACUGGACUACUUUAUUAUCCACGUGUGGUGUUUCAGCACGUUGUUGAAUAUGUCUGUUUUAUUGUAUAGUAAAUAAUCUUUUAACUCUGUGCCAGGCAAGUGUUUGCACUGCCU